GGCGCUCACUAGCCGGAGCGGUGCGGGCGGUCCGGCGGCGACAGGCACGUUGCAUUCGCACCUUAGGUUCAGCCCCGGCCACCCAGCGGUGCAGCGUCUUAGUGCUGCAGUGGCGCGGUGCGGUGUCCCGGUAACCAGGGGGUGGGAAUCCAGCCCUGGAGCUAGGCUGGCGUUGCUGGCCCAGAACCUUGGGCUCUUGGGGCACUAGUGUCCACCCGGGGCUGUGCGCGAUGUCUUGCUCUUGUUCUUUCUGGACCAGGGUUCUCCUCGGCAGGUUCGGGAUGCAGCGGGCAGCGGUGCUGGUGCGGCGGGGCUCCUGCCCCCGCGCCUCGGGCCCCUGGGGCCGUAGUCACAGCAGCGCUGCAGCCGAAGCCUCCGCGGCGCUCAAGGUGCGACCGGAGCGCAGCCCUCGGGACCGCAUCCUCACUCUGGAGUCCAUGAACCCGCAGGUGAAGGCGGUGGAGUACGCGGUGCGCGGACCCAUCGUGCUCAAGGCCGGCGAGAUCGAGAUGGAGCUGCAGCGGGGUAUCAAAAAACCAUUCACCGAGGUAAUCCGAGCCAACAUUGGGGAUGCCCAUGCUAUGGGCCAGCAGCCAAUCACCUUCCUUCGUCAGGUGAUGGCACUCUGUACCUAUCCAAACCUGCUGAGCAGCCCCAGCUUCCCAGAAGAUGCGAAGAAGAGAGCCCGGAGGAUCCUGCAGGCCUGUGGUGGAAACAGCUUGGGAUCUUACAGUGCCAGCCAGGGUGUGAACUGUAUCCGUGAAGAUGUGGCAGCCUUUAUCACCAGGAGAGAUGGUGUGCCUGCAGACCCGGACAACAUUUACCUGACCACUGGAGCUAGCGACGGUAUUUCUACGAUCCUGAAGCUCUUGGUCUCUGGGGGUGGCAAGUCGCGGACAGGCGUGAUGAUCCCCAUCCCACAGUACCCUCUGUACUCUGCGGUCAUCUCCGAGCUGGACGCCGUCCAGGUGAACUACUACCUAGACGAGGAGAACUGUUGGGCCUUGAAUGUGGACGAGCUCCGGCGGGCAGUGCGGCAAGCCAAAGACCACUGUGACCCCAAAGUUCUCUGCAUUAUCAACCCUGGGAACCCCACAGGCCAGGUACAAAGCAGAAAGUGCAUAGAAGAUGUGAUUCACUUUGCCUGGGAAGAGAAGCUUUUCCUCCUGGCUGAUGAGGUGUAUCAGGACAACGUGUACUCUCCUGACUGUAGAUUCCAUUCCUUUAAGAAAGUGCUCUACCAGAUGGGGCAUGAGUACUCCAGCAACGUGGAGCUGGCGUCCUUCCAUUCCACCUCUAAGGGCUACAUGGGCGAGUGUGGCUACAGAGGGGGCUACAUGGAGGUGAUCAAUUUGCACCCUGAGAUCAAAGGCCAGCUGGUAAAGCUGCUCUCAGUUCGACUCUGCCCGCCAGUGUCUGGACAAGCCGCCAUGGACAUCGUUGUGAACCCCCCUGAACCAGGCGAGGAGUCCUUUGAGCAGUUCAUCAGGGAGAAAGAAUUCGUUCUUGGAAAUCUGGCCAAAAAAGCGAAGCUGACAGAAGAUCUCUUUAACCAAGUCCCUGGGAUUCAGUGCAACCCCCUGCAAGGAGCGAUGUAUGCUUUUCCUCGGAUUCUCAUUCCUGCCAAGGCUGUGGAGGCGGCUCAGUCCCAUAAGAUGGCCCCAGACAUGUUUUACUGCAUGAAGCUCCUGGAGGAGACUGGCAUCUGUGUCGUGCCUGGCAGUGGCUUUGGGCAGCGAGAAGGCACCUACCACUUCAGAAUGACAAUUCUCCCUCCCGUGGAGAAACUGAAGACGGUACUCCAUAAGGUGAAAGAUUUUCACCUCAAGUUCCUGGAGAAAUACGCAUGAGGACGCCUCAGGCGCCAGAGGGUCUCGGUCCCAAUGCUGCCCAGGCCUUCCUCAUGGACUCUGCCUCAGACCUCACGCAGGUUGCCAACCCUGUUCAUCAUCAUUUUUCCCAGGAGACUUCUUUCUUUGUGCCUUGAUGUUGAGAGCUCUCUUCUGAGCAAACAGUGAUUUUGCAAUGUCUCACAGGCCCUGUUUUUUAAAUGCAACCAAAGCAGAGUCAGCUUGCUCGGCAGAUGUGGCUGGAAUUCUCUGAAUCACCUCUGUUUGUUGUGUUCGGAACGUUCCUUUGGGUUUUGAGCAGCCAAGGUACAUUGAAAUAAGAUAGUUCAGAUCUGCAGAAACAAGCAGGUGUUGGGAAAUGUGUGACUUAACAUGGUGAGGACUGGAAACCCGGAAAUCAACUGUGAGAUCCCUUAGCAGCGUGGAAACAUAGUGUUUUGAACAGUAAACCUGCAAAUCCAGCAAAAACCCAGAGAAAGCUUGUCAUUCUGGUCUGGAGAUAGGCAGCUCAUCACAGACCAGAAUACUAAAGUCAGCAGUGGCACAGGGGUCA